AUGCCCUCCCUCUAUGCUGCGCGCGCCUCCAAUGCUAGGUAUUCGCCUUCCCGCCUUCCAGUCGCCGUCUUUGUCGGAGGAACGUCUGGCAUCGGACAAGCCGUCGCCGAGGCCUUCGCUCGCUACACCAAGGGCAACGCGCAUAUUAUAAUUUGCGGGCGCAACAAGUCUGCUGCUGACAAGAUCAUCGCGUCCUUCCCGCAGGCAACGGCACCCGAGGCCAAGCACGAGUUCGUCGAAUGCGACGCGACACUGAUGAAGAACGUCUUCUUGACGACGUCCGCGUUGCUCGCUCGCCUCCCGAAGCUUAACUAUCUCGUCCUCUCACCCGGGAUCUUCACACUCAGGGGGCGAAAUGAAACUACCGAGGGCAUUGACAGAAAACUUGCGCUACACUACUACGCGCGCUGGAAGUUCACGAACGACUUGAUCCCUCUUCUGCGCAAGACGAAGGACGCGGGAGAGGACGCGAAGGUUAUGUCCGUCCUUGCGCCCGGUAAUGGCUCCGAUAUUGACCUUGAUGACCUCGGCAUGAGGAAGAGCUAUACCCCACUCAGCUCAGCUUUGGUCACACCGACGUACAACGAUCUCAUGUUUGAGUCGUUCGCGGAGCAGCAGCCGGAUCUGUCUUUCAUCCACAUCCAUCCGGGUGUCGUCCGGACUCCCCUUCUUGGCAGUCUCGUCGCAUUCGUUCUCUAUCCAUUUAUGACACCUGCGUCAGACUGUGCGGAGUAUAUGUUAUACGGACUUCUCGAUGCAGGCCCCGGUGUACAUCGUCGCGACAACAAGGGAGAUAACAUGGGUCAGAAACGAUAUUACGGUUCUGACGAGGCGCGACGGCGCUUGUGGGACCAUACUGUGGAAGAGAUUGACCAAGCUCUUCAAUCUGGGGCUAUUAGCGCGUAG